AUGUCGGCCCUGGAGGAUCUCAGCAUAGACGAUGCUCAGCGGCGUGUACCAUCGCGCACAACAACUGGAGAUAUUGUCUUAGCUUCGAAGGCCUCGAAUAUUGUGCAACAUAACCCGGAUCAAGCGUAUGCAGGGCCAGCGAAACGUGGACUAUACAGGCCUUCGCUUGCAGACAUCGGCAAACGACUCCCCAGUACGGAGAAUAUCAGGGCUUUGGAAAAUGUUCAUCUUGACGUAGGAAGCCUACCAAGCCAAUCGUUGCACCUUGCAGGAAGCUCACCUGCAAGCUUCCCAUUGUUUGAAACCAAUCUGCCGACACCACAUAAUCACUUAUCUCGUUAUGCGACGGAGUUUGCCGAAGUUAAAGUCCUCGGCCGUGGAUCAUUUGGAGAGGUGUAUCAUGUGAAAAACCAUAUCGACGGACAGCCAUAUGCGAACCCAUACUACACCGACCUCCACCACAAUCUUCGCGCCUAUGUCCGCAACUACGUAGAAUCAUCAAUCGCACCCUACGCCCAAGAAUGGGAAGCCGCAGGCCAAGUCCCCGAACCCGUCCGCCGGCGCCAUUGUGAACUAGGAUUCGGAAUCAUUCAUCCCCUGACGACGAUCGAAGAUGCCGCCGGACUGUUCCUGCCCAAUAACAUCCCGCGCGAGAAGUGGGAUACGUGGUGUUCGCUCAUUGUUGCUGAUGAGCUUAUCCGAACCGGAUACGUGGGUGUGAUUUGGGGACUGGGAGGAGGGAAUAAUAUUGGGUGUCCGCCGAUUGCACGGUUUGGAACAAAGGAGCAGAGGCAGAGGUGGCUUCCGAAGGUUGCUAAGGGGGAUAUUCGGUGUUGUUUGGGGAUUACGGAGCCUGAUGCGGGAUCGGAUGUUGCUAAUAUCUCGACGACGGCGAGGCGCGAAGGUGAUGUCUAUGUUGUCAACGGGGCGAAGAAAUGGAUUACCAAUGGUAUUUGGGCUGAUUAUUGUACUGCUGCGGUGAGGACUGGAGGGCCUGGAAAGGGUGGUAUUAGCUUACUUGUGAUUCCUCUGGCGGCUCCCGGGGUGACGCGAAGAAGGAUGUAUAACUCUGGUGUUCACGCAAGCGGAUCCACAUUCAUCGAACUAGACGAUGUCCGGGUCCCGGUAGACCACCUCAUAGGAGAGGAAAACAAGGGCUUUCCUCUGAUCAUGUCAAAUUUCAACCCCGAGCGUCUCAGCCUCGCCUGUGCAUCAUUACGUCUAGCUCGCGUGUGUGCCGAAGAUGCCUUUCAUUACGCGACACAGCGAGAGACAUUCGGCGCCCCGUUAAUAACAAGACAGGCCAUACAGUCAAAGAUAUUCAAGUUCGGGCUCAUGAUCGAACCCGCAUACGCAUUCAUGGAACAGCUUGUUAAUAUCAUCGAGCUUACCAAGGACAGACCCACCGACGAUGUCCGAAUUGGGGGUAUGACUGCGUUGCUCAAAGUAAUGUCUACCAGGGCCCUGGAGAAGAGCGUUAGAGAGGCUCAGCAGAUCCUUGGCGGUGCCGGGUAUAACAAGGCUGGAAAGGGAGCACGAAUUGAGCAGAUUAGUCGUGAUGCCAGGGUCCAUGUUGUGGGAGGUGGAAGCGAGGAGAUCAUGAUGGGUCUUGCGCUGCAGGAGGAGACUAAAGCGCUUCGUACGAGGCGGAAGGCUUUGGAGAAGAAGGCGAGGCUUUAG